GCAGAAUAUUGUUUUUCUUUGGAAAAAACCAUAAUUUGUUUUACAAAGUCUCCAAAACCAAAAGUCAAUCUAAUCUACAGCUCAAAAGUCAACAAGUCCUCGAUGUAAUCUACAACUCAAAAAGUCAACCGCACGAAAUCAUUUUGCCAGCAUCAAACUUUCAAACGAUCAUUCUGUCUGAACAAAAAACACCACCAAUUGCACAUACAUAGAUCUAACCCCUUUACACAUUUCUUCGAUUAAUCAACUGAUUCAAACACAUUUUUGUCAUAAAGAUUGUAAAUUUCCAAUCCAAAGGAUCAGUGACUCAUAAAUGGAGACUGAAUCAUCUUUGACUCAAGAAAUUGGAGAAAACAAGAAUCCCCAAUUGGACUGCACUUCGCCUGAAUCAUUAUUGACUCCGGGAGAUAGUGAUUCGGAAUCCACUUCGGUUUCAUCAUCCAUACAAGGCUCCAUAUCGAGCGCCACAUCAUCACUCGAUCGACAUACCACUAACGUCAAAGAAGAAACCCGACAAAAGAAACCACUAAACAAGUCAACUUCAAAAAAACUCGCCACUUUUAGGAGCUUCGUGGCGUCUAGAAGGCGAAGAACCCAAUCAAAACUCAGUCGCUCUUCAAUAAAAUUGUCAGACGAUGGUUCGACCACACCCCCGCAAUAUUCUUCCAUCGAAGCCUCAGAUGAAUCAUCUAACUAUAUUCAGAAGAAACCUAUACAAAAGUUCAAAAGAACAAGUAGUCUAAGAUCUAUCAAGAUCUUCAGGAGCAACAACAAGAACAACUCAUCAACCGAAGAAUCCCAUUCGAAACGAGCUACUGUUUCAUCAAUCCUCAAAGACUCAAACUUCCCCGAACAACUUAAACAUCAACCCGGACCAUCACAAGCAAAGAUUUGUCCAUACCAACACUGUUCUCUCCAUGGUCAUCAACACGAGCCCCCACAAACGCGAUUUCCAUACCUUAGAAAACGCGCGACGAAUGGUCAAAAGAUCGUGAAGCCCGAAAGUCAACCCAAGUAUAAAAGUUGUGGCAAGAAACGUGAAGUCAAAGGAACAAAGAUGGGUUCUAAGGAUGACUCUAUUGAAUUCUAUGCUAAAACAAGACCCGGAACAGUUUCUAGCCGUGAUCAUGGUGAUGCUGAGUUUGCUGAUAUCUUAAAGAAGGAUAUAAAUGGGUUGGAUAAUCGAGAUUUUAGUGAUUUAAUUGACGAAAAUAUUGAAGAUUCAAGUGGGUCGAAGCGGGUUCUUGAAAAGGAACAAUCUUUAGAGAAGACGGAUCAUAUAAGCAUGUGGCGGAUGAUCCAACAACAUAUGGUGUCUGGUCUUGAUGCAGAAUCAGGGGAUAUGAUAGUUCAACAAGUAGAUGAAGAAGAGAAAUUGGAGACUAAAGCUUUUGAUGAUGAUGCGAAUCAAGAAACCGAGAUUAGAAAGAUGUUUGCGAUUAAACUUGUAAGAGAUGCAAUCGAGAAUAUUCUUCUUUCGGAAGUUGAAGAUGAUCAAUCGUUUACGAGUGAUCAAAAGGAGGAAUCUCUUGCACCGGCUGCUAAAGAAAAGCCCGGCUCAAAAACAGGAGCACCUGAUAGAUGGAGUUACAUAAAGAAAGUAUUCAUUUUGAAGAAAUUUAUUAAACAACUCGAAAAGGUGAAGAAAUUCAACCCGAAAAAGGCUCAGGAUCUUCCGCUACCAGUUGAAACUGAAACGGUUUCUCUUCGGCGACAGAGCGCUAGUGGCAAGAAAAACUCCGAUGAAUGGAUGCUCGAUUAUGCCCUUCAAAAGGUUGUGAGUGAACUCGCUCCAACUCAAAAACGGAAAGUCGCUAUGCUCGUUAAGGCUUUCGAAAGCAUAGCUCCAGCACAAGAAGAAGAAUCACAGGAAUCUAGAUCAAAUAGUGAAAUUCAAAAGCCCAAUAGUUCCUUCAUCAAUGAAGAAUCAAAACCCGAAUUAGACCACAUCAAAAUGUGGCAUACAAUCUACCAACAUGUGAUCACAGACAUCGCUACAAAGAUCGGAUCAGACUUCGGUGAAGAUUCAACAACCAGUGAAGAACAAAGUCUCGAACAAUUCACCCAAACCGACGCCAUUAACCUCGUCCAACAAUCCGUUAACGAAAUCCUCCUACCUGACAUACCUUCCGAUCAAGAACAAAAGAAAACAGAGGAUGGCUCUGUUUCAAAAUUACAAAAUUGGGGGAAAUUGAAGAAAUUGAUUAUGUUAAAACGUUCGAUUAAGGCGUUAGAAGGGUUUAGGAAAGUGAAGUUACAAGACCCACAAGAAGAAAUGUUGAAAUUGGAACAAGAAAGAGUGGAUUUGAGGCGGCAAAUGAUGGAUGAACGGAAGAAAGCAGAGCAAUGGAUGAUUGAUUAUGCGGUUCAACAUAUCGUCACUAAAUUGACACCGUCGCGUAAGAAGAGGGUCUCCAUGCUUGUUGAAGCUUUCGAAGCGGUUGUUCCGUUUCCGGAAGUUUGAAUCUACAAAACCAUUUUCAAUAUUUCUUGAAUUGAAGGUAGAGGAUGAACUUGCAGUUUGUUUUCAGGUAACCAUAAAGUAAAAAAAAAAACAUACAAGGUAUAUAAUAUUGAUUGACACUUAUACAGUUGUGGAUAGUAGAUUCUCGGUUGCACAUCUUCUUUUGCGAUUUUUUGUGUACAAUCUAUCACAUGUACAUAUCUUCAUUAUCAUAAUAGUGUGCUUGCUGUUUGUAUGUAAUAAAUAGCUACGAUCUUAUGAUCUUGUCCUUUUGUUUGCCAACUUGGCAUGAGUGUCAGUGAUUCGGUUUGUAUUGUUUGUGGCAUAUGGAUAAGACCGAUCAAUGUAUGUUUGGGUGUUUCUAUCCU